UAGUAGAUAUACACCAUAGCAUCAUAAGUUGAUAACAAUAAUAUCACUCGGUCACUUAUCAACACCAUCGCCAUGGGUAUCCCAAACAAACCCAUUCCACUUCUUGCUAUCUUAACCAUACCACUCAUCAUCAUCAUCAUCAUGAUCCAAACCGUUAACUCAACAAACGAGAUCGCCGUCACCUUCGAGAAUUUCGAGAAUGAUUACGAGAUCGAGCUCGAAGGUGAUGCCAGCCUCUCAAGCAACAAAGAGGUCCAACUCACCAAGAUCAACCCCGCUAACGGCAACCCCCUUCCUCAAAGCGUCGGCCGCCUCUCCUACGCCACCCCCAUCCGCCUCUGGGACAAAACCACCGGCGAGGUUGCCAACCUCACCACCGUUUUCAAGUUCCUAAUCAAAGCCCCCUACAACACACCUCCGGCCGACGGCCUCGCCUUCUUCAUUGCUCCUCAUGACGCUACCCUCCCUCCCGACUCCCACGGCUCCCUCCUCGGCCUCUUCCCCGGCCCCCCCGGCGAGAUCCGCACUAACAACAUCGUUGCCGUUGAAUUCGACACCUUCACCAACCACGGCUACCAGGAUCCAGAUUACAAACACAUCGGAAUCGACGUUAACUCCAUUGUUUCGGAGGCAACGACGGAGUGGAAAUACUGGAGAAACGGAGUGACGGAGAAGGUGAGGGUUGAGUAUAAUCCUUACACCAAGAAACUGACGGUUUCUGCUUACUAUACUUCUGGAGAGAUCAUUAAAUUGUCUCAUUCAAUUGACUUGACCACUGUUCUUCCGGAAUGGGUUAAGGUUGGCUUCUCAGGCGCCACCGGAGACUAUACGCAAACAAACAGCCUUGAUCCGUGUUUGCCACGUACGCAUGCAUAGAUCGAUAUACGUACGGUGAAACUUUCCAUGAAGAUGGCCAGAAUUGCAUUCGCCUUAAAAUAACUCUGGCUAUAUCUUCACGUGAAUUUUUACUAUUGUGCGUUUAUGUUGUCUCCGGACUUGCCUUAUAUUAUUACGACGGAAAUGUUUGGUAACCAAAGAAAAUUAGCCAAAAACAGCGAUAACUUACCUUAUUUAGCAUUUAUUAAUUGUUGCGACAAUUAAUGAAUGCUAAAUAAGACAAAUUCUGGCUGUAUUUUUUUGUCUACCUAGCAUUACCCUUAUUAUGAUAUGUGAAUCUGAACUUUAAUCAAUAUCGUUUCUGGAAA